AUGGCAAGCACAGACCUUGCUAGAGCUCUAUGCUUAGUCAUAGAGGAGAACUUUUCCCAAAAACAAAUGCUGCGGGAGAAUUGUGCUAUGAUUGAAGCUCUACAAACCAAAGUUCGCGAGCUCCAGCAUGGUAAUGAACUCCAAUAUCAGACGAUCCGUACCCAGCACAGAAUAAUCAAUGGACACCAGGCUACAGAGACUAGAGAUAAAGCAUUACAAGAUACUAGAAGAUCUAACCCUUGA